AUGGGCUACGACAAAAUCGCAGCAGAUAUCGAGGAGCACAUGAGAUGCGAGGCUGAAGGGUACUCUCGAGGGUCAGAGGUGGCACACGCCACGAACUCAGGUGUACAUACAACCGACGAAAACAGCCCUACAGCGCCGGCAAUCGAGGCUCUCAACUCGUCAGAUGCAGAGACCGAAGACCGCGUCUUGGCCGUAGGCGAGGGGGAGAAAGGAAGGAGCCGGGACGGGGGGGAGACAGAUGAGGAACUGUCAGGCGAAGAAGAACGAAAACUGCUCGAGGAGGACCGUGACGAAGAACAAGGAACUGAUGCGUUGGAUGCGAUGAUGCAGGUCGUAGAAGGAGUGUUGGCAGAACAUGAGCCGUAUUCGGAGGGUCAGGCGGAUCCGGUUUUGCAGUUCUGA